AUGGUAUCAUCUCACAACCGUGACAAACCAUGGGACACUCCAGACAUUGACAAGUGGAAGAUCGAUGAGUUCAAGCCUGAAGACAAUGCUACCGGUCUUCCAUUUAGUGAAGAAUCGUCCUUCGUUACUCUUUUCCCCAAGUACAGAGAGAACUAUUUGAGAUCGAUUUGGGCCGAUGUCACCAAGGCGCUAGAAGACCACCAGAUUGCAUGCCAGCUCGAUUUGGUAGAGGGUGCUAUGACCGUGAAGACCACCCGUAAGACAUUCGAUCCUGCUGUAAUUUUGAAGGCCCGUGACUUGAUCAAGCUCUUAGCCCGGUCCGUGCCCUUCCCACAGGCCGUGAAGGUGCUCCAGGAUGAUAUUGCAUGUGAUGUCAUUAAGAUCGGCACGUUUGUUUCUAACAAGGAUCGUUUCAUUAAAAGAAGACAGCGGUUGGUGGGCCCUAAUGGAAACACUCUUAAAGCCUUAGAGCUUCUUACCAAAUGCUACAUUUUGGUGCAGGGUAACACCGUCAGUGCCAUGGGUCCAUACAAGGGCUUGAAAGAGGUCCGGAGAGUUGUCGAAGACUGUAUGAAGAACAUUCAUCCUAUCUACUACAUUAAGGAGUUGAUGAUCAAACAGGAGUUAGCUAAGAACCCAGAGCUAGCCAACGAGAACUGGGAUCGUUUCUUGCCCAACUUCAAGAAGAAGAAUAUUGCCAGAAAGAAGGCUGCUCCGAAGAAGGAGAAGAGAGUGUACACACCAUUCCCUCCAGCACAACAGCCACGUAAGGUUGAUUUACAGAUAGAGAGCGGUGAGUAUUUCUUGGGCAAGAGAGAAAAGGAGAAGAGAGAGUUGCAGGAAAAGAGGGCCCGCCAGGAGGAGGUUUCUGAGCAACGCAAGGUUGAGAGACAAAAGGAUUUCGAGGCACCUGAGGAGGAUGCCUAUGAAAAUAAACUAGUUGAUGAGAAGAAGGAAAAGAAAGAGAAGAAGGAAAAGAAGGACAAGAAAGAGAAAAAAGAGAAGAAAGAUAAGAAGGAUAAAAGGGACAAGAAAGAAAAGAGGAAGUUAGAGGACAGCGAAGAGUCCAGCGAGAAGAAGAAAAAGAAGAAAAGGGAUUCUCCCGAGUAA